GCAGAACUCUGGGAAGCCGGGUCUUCUUGACCACAAACCCAGACCCCUCCCCGGGUCCCCAUCUCCUGAGUAGUGAGUGGCCCCUUCCCUCACUCCCUUCUGCCUCCCCGCGCUUCCCAUCUCACAAGCCCUGGCGCCCUGCUACUUCUUUCCAGGCUUUCUCAGCCUGGAACCCAAGGUCCGGCGCUAGGUCUCAAUCGCUCCCCUCCCCCAGGUUCCCAUUCUCUAAAGUUUCUCAUCACUGCGAUGUCGCGACCCCUCCGCGGGGAGCCUCACAUCAUCGAAAUAGGCUACGUAGACGACACGCCAUUCUUGCGAUUUGAGUUCGACGACGCCUCAAUUCGGAGGAUGGAGCCACAGACUCCUUGGAUAGAGCUGGAGGGGAGGGAGUAUUGGCACCGGGAGACACAGUAUGCCAGAAGGCUACAGCAGAUUUACCGAGAAGGCCUGAAGAUUCUGCUCAGCUACUACAACCAGAGCGACGACGGUGAGUGACCUCUGGCCAGGGUUCCAAGUAACGACCCCUCCUCUUCUCCCACUUCCCUGCCAAAUCCUCCAGAAACUCCUCGUGGUCUGAGACUCAUGGCAGUAGUGUGAGACCCGCUCACCUAUGCAAAAUGUGGGGCUUUGGUUUCAUUUACUGUUUCCAGUAUGGAAAAGAUCUCACUAGUCACCUCCAGUCGUCUGAAGCGAGGGCGGGAGUAGGCUGGGGGGGAACCU